AUGCGUCGCUGGAACCUUAGCUUCUCGGGCGCACGCGGUUACGACGUAGAGACCUUCCUCAUGCGGAUUGAGGAAGGUCGAGAGUUAGUGCCUAUCGCGAACGGGGACCUGUUCAAGUGUCUCCCGUUUUUUCUUACCGGUAUCGCUCUCCAAUGGUAUCGAAUAAAGAAAUCGCGAUGGUCGACGUGGCGCGAGUUCGAGGCAGCGGUCCGCGGCAGGUUUGGUGAUCCGGAUUACCAGUUCGCCCUGCGCGACGAGAUUAUGCGUCGCACGCAGGGUGAACAGGAACCUGUGGCGGAUUACCUCACCUGCCUCCUGGGAUUGUUCGGUCGGCUCGAUCCACCUUAA